AUUUAAAUUAUUUUGAAAAAGUUAAAAAAGUGCCAGACGAUAAUUUGUAAAGAAUAUUCGGAGCGCCACCUAAGUUUUUCGUAAAUUUAUUUUUUCUUUUUAUUUUUUUAUUUAUUUUUUAAUGUAUAUAAUUUGCUCAGCGCUUGCGCCUUGGAGAGGAGCGCUGACUGGCAGACGGUAUAGAGACUAGUUGCCGUCAAACGAUUAAAGGAAGAUGGCCGACGAGCAAGAGGUUGUCAAUACCGAAAAUCAGUCGACGUUUCCGACAAAAUUUAGAGCGAGAAAAGGUGCUUUAAAGAAAAAAAAUAUAUCGCUCGUUAAAGAUCAUAAGUUUAUUCCAAGGUUUUUUAAACAACCGACGUUUUGCAGCCAUUGUAAAGAUUUUAUUUGGGGUUUCGGCAAGCAGGGAUACCAGUGUCAAGGUACGUGCAUUCACUUUAUAACGAAUUUGUAUUAUGCUACAUUCGACACAAAGAUUUAUCAAUUUGCAGCUUUGUGGUUCAUAAGAGGUGUCACGAAUUGGUCACGUUUACUUGUCCCGGAGUCGACAAAGGGGUAGAUUCUGACGUAAGUGUUACUUUUUUUAAAUUUCUGAAGUGGUUAAUUAAUAUUUUAAGUGUUUGAU